AUGACGAGCUUAAGCCACGAUAUCGAAAAGGCGCCCCAGGGCUCUGGGGCAACGGGGCAGUCACCCUCGCUCCUCCAAGCCUCUCUCCAAGCUGGCUCGGAAACCCCUCCUCUUGACGAGAACAGCCCCAUCACCUACCAGUACCUCACCUUCGAAUCGGUUAUUCCUGAGCCAGUAUUUCUCGAGUCACCAGAGUCACCACCGCUUCCACCGGCCCCAGAUCUCAACCGCUUCUCCAAUCCUCUGCAAUGGCCUCACGGACGCAAAUACCUAAUGUUGGCCCUCUCAUGCAUCGCCACCUUCUUGACAGCCUACACUGCUGGGUCCUACUCGCCCCCGGCCUCCAUCAUGGCUGCAGACCUGGACACAACUCGUCUGGCGAUGCUUACCGGUAUCACCACAUUCUGCAUAGGUUUCGCCCUCUCGCCCAUGGUUCUGGCCCCCCUGUCAGAACUCUGGGGUAGAUAUCCCGUCUUCAUUAUAUCCGGUGUGAUCUAUGUCAUAUUCCAAGCCGUCUGCUCCGUGGCACCAAAUCUUGCCGCCAUGCUCAUCGCCCGUUUUCUGGUGGGCGUGGGCGGCUCCGUUUUCAGUUCUGUCAUUGGCGGCGUCAUUGCGGAUCUUUGGGCAAAGGAGCAGAGGAAUACGCCGAUGGCCAUCUUCAGCGGUGCAGUCUUGGCCGGGACGGGGGCAGGUCCAUUGGUUGCUGCCAUCAUGACCAAGCGUAUGGGAGCCACUGACCCGACCAUGGCAUGGAAAUGGAUCUUCUGGCAUCAAGUUAUCAUCGACGCGGUUCUUGUCAUUGCUCUUGCUGUCCUCUUCAGGGAAAGUCGAGGCUCGGUCAUUCUCUCCAGGAAAGCUAGGUUCAUUAACCACUGGUACGAGCAACUCGAGACGGCUGGCCACUACGGCGUGUGGCUAGAGGACACGACGAACAACACCAACAACACAACGACGGAUUCAACUUCGGAUACUGAUACCCAAGGAGGCUCAAGCUCCGGGCGAGAAAAGUCAUCUACAACGUGUCGCUCAAGUCCACGAUGCUCAACACAGCUGUCGCCGCAAAGACUUCGCUGGCUCGUAAAGGAGGACGAGGAGAGAGCUUCUGUCGCCACGAUGAUUUCCGUCUCCGUAUCCAGACCAUUUCUCCUCCUUUUCACGGAACCUGUCGUCUUCUUCUUCUCCCUCUGGUGUGCUUUUGCCUGGGCUGUCUUGUACUGCACAUUUGGCAGCAUCCCACUGGCAUUCUCGCGAACGAGGAAUUGGGACAUUGAGCACUCUGGGUACUUCUUCAGCGCCAUGAUCGUUGGCUCCGUGGUAGCCACCAUCGUUGGAGUCCUGCAGGAUGAGCUCCUAAAGUUGCCUCAGUGGCGUGCCGAUGUUGCCCCAGACAAUUUGUCUUCCUUCUGGCUCUUCAUGCGACGACGCUUACCCGCCGAGGCACCUGAGUCGCGUCUUUAUUUCACUUGUAUCACAGCCACCCUGCUACCUAUCGGUCUCUUCCUCUUCGGAUUCACUGCUCGCCACGAGGUUCAUUGGAUCGCUCCUGCAAUUGGCAUUGCCUUCGCUACGUGGGGUAUCUAUUCGGUCUACCUGGCGACAUUCAACUAUUUCGCAGACAUUUACCAUAAGUUCGCCUCCUCGGCAUUGGCGGCGCAGUCCUGCUGCCGUAAUAUCUUGGGCGGAAUAUUCCCUCUUGUGACCGGUGCAUUAUUCCGAAAUCUCGGCGAGGCUCGUGCUGGGGCACUGCUCGGCGGCAUCGCCACGGGCCUGACCCUCAUUCCUUGGGCGCUCGUGUUUUUCGGUGAGAAGAUCCGGGCCAAGAGCAAGUUCGCCAUCAAUCUCGAACCUCAAAGAUGA